GGCACUUAGCUCGGAAUUAACUCGUCAACCCGAACCAAGUUAGCCUUCCCCAACAUUGGCGUGGCCCUCGUAUUGAGCUUGAGGUUAGCAUCACACAAUUGAAGGUAGGAAGUUGGGAGAAGAAGAGAAUUUAUUAUGAUCGCAAGGGAGUGUACAAGAGCAUGAGUACAAAGCCCCUCUCUGCACUCACUUACCUAACAGCUCACUCACUCUCUAGUCUACUCCAUUCAUCUUCCUCUUCCACUCAGGCCACCCCUAUUUAUAGAAGAGAACAUUCUCCACUCUUCCUCCUAAGCGUAGCCUACAAUAUUCUAGAAUCUCCUAUUCUAGAAUUAUGUAUAAGGCUCCAGAGUGUGCUCCAGCGUGUCUCGACCGCGACCCCGUGCCUCGGCCGUGGCAUGGACGCUGCCAACUCGUGCAAGGCUCGCCUCUUUGGCGUUCCAUGCCACGCUCGCACCCGUGUCCGUGCCCGUACUCGCGUGCCCGUGGCUGCCGUGGCUGCCGCCCUAUGCCACGAUGGCCUUGACUUGGUCCCCGAACUCACGCUCCGUGACAAUCUGCCCCUACCCCUUUAAAAAUUACCCAGUAUCUUAACCCCAAUGGGUGCAAAGUGACCGAGAUGAACGAAAAGGACCGAGGGUGAGUUGCCGAAAAGGCUCCACUUGGCUUUUGUCCACUCAUUAUUUUUUAUAUAUACUAAUAUUUUAAAUUAAUUUCAUUGUCAUUU